AUGCCGCCCAAGAAAAAGGCCGGUGCGAAGGCCAAGGUCAGCGCAAAGGCAAGUUCGUCUGCCGCGGAUGCGAAUCAGGGCGAGGAGGUGACAGCCACCCUUCCAGAGAAUUUAAACUUGGAGCACGAUGCAGCAGUCAACCGUGCGAUCGAGAACAUCCUUGGAUGUCCGGCAUUCGCCGAUAUCCUGACUGCUGCGCCCAUCGGCAUCAGCACGACUGACGUUGAUGCCUUUGAGCAGAAGAAGUAUGACGCGGCGUUCUUUCGCCACGGGAAGUAUGCUGCGGCCGGAAACCUCUUCUGGCUGAAUCUGAGGUGGAGUCCCGCCAAAAGCGUACCUACCAAUCGCAAUGGGGUGAAGAUGCUGCAGGCAAGGAUUAAACGGGAGAGGAGCUUCGACUACAACCUCGUCGUUGCAGUGGCUCCUGAUGGUGCCUUGGAGCUCGGGAACCUCCGAAGGAUCUCGGCACAGGAGUACGACGAGGCCUUGCUCUUGCUGGUGAGUGAAGUGAUCGAUGCGGCCCCAGACGUGUCGGAGCUUCUGUCCCUGGGCUGUAUAGGAGACCUCGCAAGUCUCACCAGCGCGGCUUGCGGUGUUGUUUCAGACUGGUAUGUGACUGCGAGGUUCUGGCGCAAAAUCGUGCUUUCCGUGACCUUGUGCUUCGAGCAGCAUGCGAGUCCCAUGGACGCCUUCAUCAGAAGCGCGAUUGUCAAUCUCCGCAACGAUAUUGCCGACGAGUUCGAAGCUGUGCUUCGCAGUGGACCACAGAGAAUCAUGGAACUCAUGCUGUUCCGGAAGCGUUUGGAGGCCGCCAAGGGAGGUGGCAAAAUCACCAACGAGCAGGUGUACGAGGCCUGGAUCCGCCAGAUCCCGAAUCGGGAAUCCAAGGUGCUGGAGAAGGUGAGCCUGGAUUUCGUCUGCGCUGCGCAGAAGAUCUAUACCAGGCUUCUUCAGGACAGCGAUUUGCGAAGCUUGGUCUUCCAGUUGGAAGAAAGCUGGGGCAAGGCCAGCCCUUUUUGCCAGCUUGGGACUUUGGAAAAAGUCGUGGUCAAGGCGACGCCGAUCGGCUGGACCCUUCGCACCGUGAAGUUCAUGCUUGAGACACAGAUAGCCUUUCCUCGCGACUUCAACGCCAGCACGCUGGACCCUCCGCGUGGCAAGGGCCUCAUCACGCUGUUCAACUUCAAGCACGAACUGCUGCAGCACCUGCUGACGUCAUUUCUGGAGUCGCUGCCGAUGCCAUUCGAUGACAAAAAGGAGAUUCGAGACCGGUGCUCCUCGCACCAGCUCUUCCUGGACAACUCGCGUCCCGAGAACAUGCAGUGGCAAAGCACAGUGAGUGAGGCUGCGCGGAAGGUUAUCGCCUUCCUGAAGGCAGAUGUCUACGGUGUGACCAACGACGGCCACUACAAGACUUCCCUGCGCGGUACCAUUGUUUUCAAAGACUUGUUGACGCAAUGCUCCCACUUGGCCGACAGUCUUGAUGAAAUCCAGACUCUGCAUGGCCAACAAAGGGAUGGUGGCUCCGGGAGUGGCAGGCCAGCACCAGAUUGGUUUCGCAUUGCAUGGAGGGAACACAUCCAGACAACAACGGACCAAUUCGUGAAGCUCAUUCCUGACACUUCAUCCUCCUACACAGAGCUGGCAGCGGCUCUCGGCAACACGGUGGUGAAGAGCUGCAGGCCGUAUGAUGCAAAUCUCCCGCCCACCGCUCCUUCGCAGGGAUCUGUCAUGUUGUACAUGGACACGAAAACAAUGGGGGAAGCCUCGGCUUUGCCUCAUUGCCGGCUCCCGCCAUUCCAAAAGUCCUGGGUCACCAAGUUCCUCCAUGGCUUCGUGAAAGCUCGCUUCGAGGGCGUGGGUGAGGACCCGAGCCAGGAGGGCGAGCUCAUCAGAGGGGACAUUGUCGCGAUCUUAGACGGGGGCCGCGAGGGCCUCUCGUCGCAAAUCGCCAGCGUCUUCACCAAUUAUGCGGCGACGACGGGCAGCAACAUGAUGACCAAGGCCCGCAAUCCUUUCUAUGUGGUUUACUCUUUGGAGGGUAUCCAAGACAGCAGAGAGCGCAUUCGCGGCAUCUGCAAUCAGAUGGAGUCUAUGAGCAUCUACACUCUCGAUGGGUUGUGGCUUCCCAAGCGCAAGCGCAUUGUGCUCGAUGGCGCCAACAAUGGCAACGUCUUUAACCCUGUUGCAGGGCUAGGCUUGGACCACAAGGAUACCUGGCUUCUCAGCCCAGCUGACCGCAAGAAGGUCUACACCUCAUCUGCGAAAAUCCUGGUUGGGGGGACUGUCCCGGACGCACCGGCGAAGCCCGUGUGCAACGCCGGGGAGCCGGUUUCCUGGCACCUGACGCAUCCGUCUCUGUACCUGGAAGUGCUGAAUGCCUUCAACGUCAAAGUGAUGGUGCAGGCAUACGCCAUGGACCACUUGAUGGCCUUGAAGCGCCUCGUCUGUACUUUACGCAGGCCUGGAGUCCGGCAUUCUUUUACUGCGAGCGUUGCAGCAUCUCAGGUGCGUCGAGCGUCGCAUCCCUUUCGUGGGAAUCGUCUUGAAUGGGGAUCACCUGGAGCUUCUGAAGGCCAAGAUUAA